UCUUCCUCCUUCAGCCGGAGGGAACAUGGCAGGAGACAGAGGAGUGACCUUGUUUGUCCUGCUGCUGUCCUGCUGGCGCCACGCGGAGCCCCAGCCCAUCAACACGAUUUCAGGUCCACGUACGGUACUGCCACCAAAUUUAAAAAAUUUUGAUGACAACGUGGCUGCACUAUUUGAUGAAAUUCUAGUCCAAGAGAUAUUGGAUCCAAGUAAUUCAUCAUUGCUUAUGACACAAAGACCACUACCAAAAUCAACAACGAUUAUGAAGAAAAAAAAAACCUAUACUCAAACGGAUUAUAAGAUGGAUAUUAAUAAGAAGCAUCAUAAAAAGAAAUUCUCUUCUGGGAAAGAAAAAAGGCCUUUCUUUGAUGAAGAGGAGAAAGAGACACUUUAUCAGAUUAAAAGCCAAUCAGUUCUGGAAAAAAUCAUUGACGGCCUUCGAAGAGCUUUAGGCAACACUCUCAAGCAAGGACUGCAGAAGCACAGGCGUUUGUUCAAAGGAGCCAAACACCACAAGGGGAAAUGGAGCCGGAACUGAGAAGCCAAGACCGCCUGAGGGGACAUCCACUCACCCCGCCACUGGGAGGAAAAAUAAAAUAGAAUCACUAUUUUCUAUAAAGAAGAAUCUCUUUAUUCAAGGAGUGCCAAAUAAAAUGAACACAUUUAAAUAUUAA